UUCCCUGAUUCAACCCCAUUCAACAUGUUCAACGUACGAUUUUGAUGCAAAUGGUGGAUGAGCGCUACCAAAAUUUCCCUCCGCCAGUAUGUGUAUAUUUUCUUGUUACACUCUAUGUUGGGGAUUCAUCCAUUGACUCGGCUGUGUUUUAAUAAACUUCACGGAAAACCUACUUAGAGUAAGGGUUGCUCGGCGCUUCUCUCUUCAGUUUAUAGGCGCUCCUCUUUCUCCCUGGAGGCAAAUGCAUGACAUACUAGCAUGUGAUUCGUAUGGAGCUAAAAUAUAAUAGGCGGAGGUGAUAUGAUAGUCCGGGGUGAUACGCUCAGUAAGUACGACAAUAAGCUCUCAGCCGCCAUGAAGACUACCCAAAAGAUAUUGGUAUCGUGUUUUUUGUUAAUAGCAUCGCAUACGUUCACUUGUAUUCUUGUCAUUCAACUGCGUGAACGACGCAACGACCGGCUCCACGACUUUACUCACACAUUUGUUAGAAAUUUAUCGCAAUCUUCGCCAUGUUAUGUGCGGGUUCAUGUUUGGUGUGAGGAAGGGGUCCAGCGAUCACCCCAGAAAUUCGAAUGCCCGGGGCUGGAGUGUGGUAUUAUUUUUUCCCAGGGUGUGAACUACGAUUCGAUGAAGUCAAGUGAUGCAGUGGUACAUGUAUCGUAUUGGGAUUGGAGCAGAGUGCUUAAAGAAAGACGACCGAAUCAAGUUUUGAUUUUUUUCACAUUAGAGAGCCCUAAACUCACUAUACAUUCCAUGAUACCACCUCGCGGGUAUGACCGCGUAUACAGCUAUACAAUGUCGUACCGGCCAUCGUCUACAAUACAUAGUCCUUACGGCUUUUAUGAUAGCACUGUGCCGCAGUUAGCCAUUGACGACGAUCGUAACUGGGCCUUAGGGAAAACCGAACUAGUAGCUUGGGUUUCAUCCAAAUGCAAUGGCAAAAGUCCCGGUGGAUAUCGGUCGUGGCGGCGCCUUGAGUUUGUGGAGACACUUGCAAAGUAUGUUAGUGUCAAUAUGUAUGGGAAAUGUGGGAACAAAGAAUGUGAUGAUAAAGAGGGCGGGUGCUGGAACUUCCUGAAGACUCAUAAGUUUUACCUGGCUCUGGAGAACAACGAAUGUAGGGACUACAUCACAGAGAAAUUCUGGCAUAACGCUCUCCUGACCGACACGGUACCAAUCGUCUACGGCCCUCCGCGUGAAGAUUAUGAGCGCGUAGCGCCACCUAAUUCUUUCAUCCAUCUUCAGGAUUUUAAAAGCUUCCAAGAACUUGCCGAUUAUAUCAAACUUGUAGAUUCAGACGAUAAGUUAUACAAUUCAUUUUUUGAAUGGAAAAAACUGGGCACGGUAAGGUACAUGGGUGCACAGUUGAUACAUCAGCCGGAGUUUAUGUGUAAAGUGGUAUCUAAAUUGUUGGAUUCAGAAAAGAAGUCACGAUAUUGUAACCAGGGCAUUGGGGAGAUGAAUCCAUCAAUAAAUGAAUUUUUGUCAGCUUCAUGCUUCGUACCUACCGGAUUUCCUCACGACUUUUGAAGUAUCAAUAGCGGUGUCUACACUCCCAGAACUGGUUCAUUUUUCUGUUGAACUAUCCAAUAUUGGAAAGCAAAAGUCGCUGUCGUUUGACGUGGAAAGGUGCUGUUUUAAUCAAUGCACCUUGUUAUGUUCAAAGUGCACUAAACCUAAUAUUCCAGGGUAGAAACAACGUGACGUAUUUGUAACGCUGUGCCUUGAGUUGCUGUGGAAAAGUUUAUCAAUGAAGCUAAAGUGGAAUGGACUCCGACUGGUUGAUUUCCAUUCAAAUAAUAAUCACGGUCCUGAAAAUCUCCAACCACCAGCACAACAACAACUGCAACAAAAGGAAUUCUCGAGUCUUGAGGAUAAGUAAAAACAUGUAAAAGCAUGCAAAAGCAAAUCCAACUUGCUUUAGACUACAUGUAUGCCUUAAUCAGUGUUUUGUAUCCUCUGGGAAAUGUGCUAUAUACAGACGAUAUAAAUCCAAACAGUGUUAUUUUUAUGACAAAUACUAUUAUUCAAAUUUUGCAAUGAUUGAUGAUGAGUCAAGGAGAGAUUUAAGCUCAUUUUCGUUCGAAAAGACUGCUAUAAAAUGAUACUUUUUUAUACGAACAUGAUUCUGGUCCAUUGUAGACAUCAGCGUUUUGAUCUAAUUAUAAAAUGCUGAAGAAAUGGUAGAGUUCAUAAUGUAGUUUUCAGAUUUGUGUGGGCAAUUCUAGCGGAGUAAUUGUUACCAUGGUUAUCGGAGCAAAGGUCAUGGAGCCAAUAAUAUAGUCGUCUUGAAUUAUACAUCAGAUUGCGCCAAAGUUACUGAAUUGCAGAAAUACAUUUACUUUGAAAUUGAUAUUAUUUCGGUUUGAACCCGUAAAUCUAAAUGAUAUGGAUA